CUUUGCAAAUUCCAAGAUAAGUGAAUGGAUGGAUGGGGUAUAUGAAUACAUGCUAAUAUGUGAUGUAUAGUCCCGCUCAAACCACCACCAUCACCGUCACAGGUACAGGUACAGAUACCAACACAAGAACUGGCACAACCCACCAAUCCCACACGGCAUAUCCAGCCCCAACCACUGCUGCAUCUCCGGCCUCUGCCCCAGCCACCACCACCACCACCACCACAGCAACCGAGACAACCACCACCACAGAAACCAUCACCAUCCAACAGACAUCACCCGCUACCGCGUCUCCUCCGAGCGGGUCCGCAGUGGUUGCACAAACCCAAACCCAAACCCAGACCACAACCCACACCCAUACAGAGACCCAGACCCAGACUCAAACCGAGACAGAUGUCAUCACUGCAACCAUCACCUCGACUUCAAGCGUAACUCUUCCUCCGGCAACAAUCACCCAGACAGAAACAGAUGUCCUCACUGCGACAAUUACCCAGACCGAGACGGAUGUGAUUACAGCGACGGUCACAAACCUAGCUACUGUUACUCUGCCCCCAGUGACAACGACAAUCAUUGAAACUGCUACGAGCACUCAGUCUCCUGAUGCUACUGCUGCUGCUUCUGCUACCACUGCACCCGCCAACGCCAACACACACAACUAUGGAAAGUGCACUAACCCUAGCAUCUCUUACAAAUAUGCUCUGGACGGACACACCAAUUGGUCUUUCACGACGAACAACGUCCUGGACUUCCCUCAUAACAUCUCCCCUACGAUUGAGUCGUUAAUGGGCUUUAUCUGUAACCGGUUGGAGAGUCCGUGCCUGGCACCCCAGGAGACGGUGGAUGCGUGCUGGGCGGCGGAGCAGCAGGUGGUCCAGACUGGACGGGUGGGUCAGGAUGCGGCGGACUUGUGGAAUGAGUUGAUGGCAUAGAUUGAUCUGGAUCGAUGGAAUGAGAGAGAAGAAGAGAAAGAGAGAAGAAGAGAAAGAGAGAGGAAAAGGCAUAAACGGAUAUGGCGUUGGUGAUUUACUUGCUUUUGAAGGGCAUCGGGUGUUUGGAUCUGUGUUUCUUCAAUUCUGCUUUGUUCUCAUUUGAAUUGGCGUAUGUGAGUCUUCUAUCAUUGCAUUCCAUCUACAAUAUCGU